ACAAGCACAACAGACCUUCCUCCUCCGCCAUAACAGGUAAAUCUGAGAGGCUUCUCCACAAUCCCAAGAGCCGCUCACCACAGACUAGUAUCGACGGAACCUUCUUCCUUGUGCCUCAGGCUUUUCCCGCCCAUUACUCUGAGAACCAAUCAUGGAGUGUGGCUUCGGACCUGGGGCCAAUCAGCGAUCUCGACUCUCGGCCCCCCCUCCCCCACAUCCUCCCUUGUGAGGCGGCGCCAUGUUUCAAGGGCAGCGGGGUUGGUUCUGCCGCAGCGUCAGCCGCGACCUGAGGCAGUUCUGGGUGGCUGAAGGGGGGACGAUCAGUGACCCGAGGGACGCCGACUUCUUGUUCAGCUGCGAUGCGUCACACCCGGACACGCUGAGAAUAUAUCAGAGUCUCGAUUACAUAGAAGAUAAUGCUACAGUUUUUCAUGCCUACUAUCUCUCUGCAGUAGCUAAUGCUGAAAUAAAAAACUCGGUGGCUUUAGGUCAUUUCAUUCUUCCUCCUGCAUGCCUGCAAAAAGAAAUAAGAAGAAAAAUUGGUAGUUUUAUUUGGGAACAAGGCCAACAUUUUCUGAUGGAAAAGCAUGAUGGAGUAACACCAAAUGAAAUAAACGCCCUUAGGGAAAGCAGUGAACUAACAACAGAUAACAAAAAAGAAUUAUCCAAAAGGACAGAAAAGUGUUUUAUACGGACUCCAGUUGCAGAAAAACAGAUGUACUUCCCUCUUCAGAAUUAUCCAGUGAACAACAUGGUAACAGGUUAUAUAUCAAUUGAUGCCAUGAAGAAAUUUCUUGGGGAGCUACAUGACUUCAUUCCUGGAAGCUCAGGUUAUUUAGCAUACCAUGUUCAAAAUGAAAUUAACAUGUCUGCUAUAAAAAACAAAUUGAAGAGGAAAUAUUAAGUUAAA